UUGCGCGUCCAACGGCACAUCAAUGACGUCAAAAUUAAGCGCCAUUGACAGGGAAGCAGCCACAGCUUGCCCGCGUUAAAACGUUUUAUAUUUUAACAACGUCUUGUAACAACGCUGUUACACUUUGCUCGUAGAAAUGUCUGGAAAGGCGAAAGAUAUUUUAAAGUUGGACCUGUACGGUUUACUCGGUAUCGACAGCACUGCUACGACGAAAGAGAUCAAAAAAGCGUAUCGACAGAAAGCCUUGACUUGCCAUCCAGACAAAAACCCAGACAACCCAAAAGCUGUCGAGCUCUUCCACCAGUUGUCCCAGGCUCUCGAGGUGCUAACCGACGCCGCUGCCAAAGCCGCGUAUGACAAAGUGUGCGCUGCCAAGAAACAAGCGGAAGAAAGAACCAAGAAACUAGACGAUAAGAGGAAGAAAAUUAAGCUCGAUCUUGAGGCCAGAGAACAACAAGCAGACGCUGAGAGAGAGAGAGAUGUGCAAAUCACCAGAACACUCGAGGAAGAGAUUGAACGUCUACGGGAGGAAGGAUCGCGGCUGCUUGCAGAGGAACAGAGGCUCAUCAGAGAGCAGAUCCAGCAGGAGAGAGAGGCCCAGCAGCAGAGUGGAGGCUGGACUCACGGCUCAGGAGUGAAGGGAUGCACCAGGAGCAGUGUGACGCCGAAACUGAAGUUGAAAUGGAAAUGUGCGAAAGACGAUGAGACAAAUGGAGGCUACUCCCAGGACAUGCUCUUGAGGCUUCUACAAAAGUACGGAGAAGUCUUAAAUGUGGUAAUAUCGCGUAAAAAGAGUGGAAGUGCUUUGGUGGAGUUUGCGACUGUGAAAGCAGCUGAGCUGGCACUGAAGCAUGAAUGUGGCCUGAGUGGGAAUCCCUUGAAGAUUUCGUGGCUUGAAGGAGAGCCCAAGGUCAUUGUUCCAGAAAGUCAACCUGGCUGCUUCCUGCCCUCACAGGGCUCCCUGACAAACGAGCGAGACUACGAGAGUGUGGUGGUGAUGAAGAUGAGGCAGGCUGCAGAGCGACAGAAGCUCAUCGAACAAAUGCAAAGAGAAGAUGAGAAAGCAGGCGCCAUGUCGUAGCACGACGGUAACCGGGUCGUUCAGUGAACGUCACACGUCUUUGUUGCAGCUCCUUUUUUUUUUUUGUUAUUUUUU